AUGGCACAGGAAGAUACAGAGGCUGCGGCAAAGGAAAAAGUGCAACAAUUGCUUAGUUUUCAGUCGGAUGACUUGCUGGAAAAGUUAAAGUUGCUAAAUUAUGAAAAACAUUUACUACGCGAGUUCAAAUUGAAGCCACUGUCACGUUUCUAUUUUGUGAAGUCUGUAAAUCCAGGUGAGCAGUUCUUUAUGUUCACAUUGAUAUGCUGGUGGCUGUGCAAGAAACUCGGUAAGGAUAUGGAGAGACCACAGGAAUUUGAUGAUCCCAAUACGGUUAUAGCGAAAAUUAUACAAAUCCUUGAGGAGAUUGACGUGCCUGUGGAUUUCCAACCCAACAAGCUUAUACGUGGCGCUGGUCCCAUAUGUCUGAUGGUGCUCGACCGCUUAGCCACGCAGGCUCUGAAGGUCACUCAGCUGGCCUAUCAACAUCUGAACAUUGCACAAGAGGAGGAAUUUGUGGGCGAUUACCUGGAGGAUAAUGCCGAAAUAAUACUUGAGAAACUCGAGGAUGAGCAGAACGCUGCCGCUCUGAGCGAUGACAGCGACAUGGAGUUGGAGGCCCACAAUUUCAAGCAACUGAAUUGGCUGAAUCGUCAACAGAAGCGUUCGAUAAGCGACAUGGCAGCCACGGAGGAGCAAACAAGGGAGCUCAACUCCCGCCUCACAGACCAUCAGGAGUGGCGUCUGGAGCUGGAACAUGUCCUGCAACAACUGAAGGUUGUCGUCAAAGCAGAUGCACGGGACUGGCGCACACAUCUCAGCCAAAUGGAGACACUGAAGAGCAACAUUGCCGAGAUUGCGGAAACCACGCAGACGCAGCUAAAGAAGCUGCAUAGCGAGUUCACCUUCAGUCUGGACAAGAUCGAGAGCCGCGAGAAGCAUUUGAAUAAUGAGCUGCAGCCGCUUAUUAAGCAGUACAAGGACGUGUCCAUAGAACUCUCCAGCGUGCAAUAUGCUCAGACUCAGGUGCAGGAAGAUACGGCCCGGCAAUUGGAGCAACUUAAUGAGGUGCAGGCCGAACAGGACAUGCGGAAGGAGGAGAUGGAGAGACGUGGCCAAGUCAUGUCCGAUGGAAGCUCAGUGCAGCAAAUCAAGAAGGCGAUUGCGAAGCUCAAGGACGACAUUGCGCAGCUGAAUCUGGAGGUGGCAUUGCUGGUGCAUGCCUACGACCAGGACGUGCUGCGUCAGACACAGAGCGCAGAAAGUGUCAGCAAUGUGCCUGCCACCUAA